AUGGCCAAACUGAGCCCACUACUACUUCUACUAAUACUUGGACUUGUCAUCUUCUUCACCCCUACUCUCUCUUGUCCUGAAUAUCAAAAAGAAGCCCUUCUCAACUUUAAAGCCUCCAUCAUCAAUGCUACUUCUUCAACAGAAAACACAUUAUUAAAUCGGUUACCAUCAUGGAGUUCGAGCUCAGAUUGUUGCAACUGGGACAGGGUCAGUUGUAGUUCUAGCUUUAGUUCUAGGACUGUGAUUGCUCUAUAUUUGGAGGACCUCAUCUUGCAGAAGGAUCCCAUGGUUUUGACAUCCACCAUCUUGACACCGCUCUUUCGUAUUAAAAGCUUGACGUAUCUUGACUUGUACCACAAUCGAAUACAAGGAGAAUUGCCAGGUGACGGCUUUGCCAACCUCACCAAAUUAACUUAUCUUGAUUUGACUGGCAAUGACUUCAUCGGCUCCAUUCCCUCUAAACUUUUUAACUUGAGGUAUCUCCAAUAUCUUAAUAUGCGUUAUAAUUCAUUCCAUGGAAAUAUCCCUGAGGAGAUAGGGAAUUUGACAAAGUUGCAAGAAUUGUGUCUUCAAGACAACAAUUUCUUUGAUGAAAUUCCCUCUUCAAUUCAGAAUUUGAAGGAAUUGAAAGUAUUGCACUUGAGUCACAAUUCAUUAUCCAUGGAAAUUCCUAUUGAUAUUGGCAAUCUAUCUAACAUAGUCAACUUGUGCUUGACAGACAACAAGCUCACGGGUAUAAUCCCAUCAUCCAUACAGAAAUUGACAAACUUGGAAACACUUCAAUUGGAAAACAACUUACUCAUUGGAGAAAUUCCAUCCGGGAUUUUCAAUAUCACAGGGUUGGAGACUCUUUUUCUAGGAGGAAAUAAUCUCACUUGGAAUAACAAAGCAAAGAUUGUUCCAAAGUUUGCGUUAUCUGUCUUGUCUAUGAAGUCUUGUGGUCUUAAAGGAAAGAUUCCAUACUGGAUUUCUAUGCAUAAGACUCUGGAAUUUCUGGACUUGAGUGAUAACCAGUUAGAAGGAAUGUUACCACACUGGCUUGUUGAAAUGAAGAUGCAAUAUAUAAUUAUGUCAGAUAACAAUCUUACUGGUUCACUCCCACCUGGCCUCUUUGACUAUUCAAAUUUAGUUCUUCUUUGCCUGUCCCGAAACAAUUUUCAUCGAGAACUGCCAAACAAUAUAGGUAAUGCAAAUUCAAUCAUGGCUCUUAUGUUGGAUGGAAACAAUUUUUCAGGGAAGGUUCCUGAAUCCAUCAACAACAUUAGUUACCUCGUUUUAUUAGAUUUGUCAAAUAACAAAUUUUCUGGCAACACUUUGUCAAAUUUUUGGUAUUCAAGCCCUGAAAUCAUUGAUUUUUCUUCAAAUGAAUUCUCUGGUGAAAUUCGAACUAACUUUUUUGAUAAAACUAGAAUUCUUGCAUUGGGCAAAAAUAAGUUUUCUGGCAACUUGUCGAGAACUCUUACUAAUAUGAGGAAGCUUGAAUACCUAGACAUCCAUGACAACAAAAUCACAGGCGAAUUACCAGAUUUUAUCUGCCAAAUCUCCACCCUUCAAAUCCUAAAUUUAGGAAACAACUCCCUCCACGGUUCAAACCUUGAUUGUAUUUCCAAUCUUACUAGCCUCCGAAUUCUUGAUCUCUCAAGCAACCAUCUUGUUGGAGAAAUCCCUGCAAAGUUUGGAAACCUGACUGGUAUGAUUGAAACACCUGAUGUAUUUUCGUACUUUCUUGAUAUUGGAAUUAAUGGUAUUAAUGGUUUCAUCCUAGAUACCAAGAUUCAUGAUUUGAUUGUGAAUUGGAAGAAGUCAAAACAAGGUCUAUCAUUCGAUAACCUCAAGCUCUAUUCUUUGUUAGACUUGUCAAUGAAUCAACUUUCUGGUGAAAUUCCAGCUUCAUUAGGAAGUUUGAAUGCUCUAAAGCUUCUCAACAUCUCAUUUAACAACCUCUACGGGAGGUUACCAACAAGUCUUGGUUAUUUAGAGAACCUAGAGAGUUUGGACUUAUCACACAACAAUUUAUCAGGCUCAAUUCCACAAUCACUAGCAAAAUUACAACAGCUGACUAUUUUGGAUGUCAGUAACAACAAGCUUUCAGGUAAAAUUCCUGUUGGUAGCCAAAUGGAUACAAUGGAUGAUCCAAGUUCUUAUGCCAAUAACAGUGAGUUAUGCGGAAUGCAAAUUCAAGUGCCAUGUCCAGAAGACUUGUCACCAACAAAACCACCAAGAGUUGAAAAUAAGGAAACAUGGUUCUCAUGGGAAGGAGUGGGAAUUGGAUAUGUAAUUGGCUUCUUUGUAACAGUGGGAAUUCUAUAUCUUACUAAUAGUUUUGUCCCUACAAAACCUCCAAAUUACCGCCAUCAACAAAGAAGGUGA